AUGAGAUCCUCGUUGUUGCCCCGUUCGGUGAGACGCAAUUGCCUGCGUCCUGCGACAUUUACUACUGCUCGAAGCUAUGCUAUACAGGCCCCGGGAGCUCCCACCUUGGAAGUCUUCAAUCGACAUACAAAGUGGUUACAACGGGACAAAAGCGCAUCUAAUGUUGAGGAAAGCCGAAGUGUUGACUAUAUAAGAGACGAAGUGGCAUCGCGUUUAUGUGAGAGACUACUUGACAUCAAUCGCAACUUCCCACAUGUACUCGACUUUGGUGCAAAUGCUUGCAACAUCGCGCGUACUCUCACGCUGCCGGGUAUCGACAUAGACUCGACAGCCCCAGUUUCUGCGCCACUUAAGACUCGUAUUGGUAAAUUGACAGCCGCGGAUUCGUCCCCAUCUAUGCUCUAUCGAGACGAGGACCUGCCUUUCAACAACGAAAUUGAUAUCAUUAGAGAUGUGUUGAAGACUGAGGAAACACUGCCGUAUGGUGCUGAAACAUUCGAUGCUGUGCUGAGCAGUCUGUCGUUACAUUGGAUCAACGAUCUCCCAAACCUUCUCCGGCAGAUCAACCUUAUUCUGAAACCUGACGCUCCUUUCAUGGGGGUCAUGCUUGGUGGCGAUUCGUUGUUCGAGCUGCGCACAUCACUGCAGCUCGCAGAGCUUGACACACGAGGAGGUGUAGGCUCGCAUACCUCUCCUCUUGCAGACGUUCGUGAUAUCGGCGGACUUCUACAAGGAGCAGGAUUUAAGCUCUUGACUGUAGACGUGGACGACAUUGUUGUGGACUAUCCAUCUAGCUUUGCUCUAAUGAAGGAUUUGCAAGCCAUGGGAGAGUCUAAUGCAGUGGUGUCACGAGAGAUGGGAGCGAUUCGAAGAGAUACUUUGAUGGCGGCGGAAGCUAUAUACAAAGAGAUGCAUGGCAACGAGGACGGAAGCAUUCCUGCAACCUUUAGACUAAUUUACAUGAUCGGGUGGAAACCUGGCCCAAAUCAACAGGAACCUCUCGAGCGAGGCAGUGGGAUGGUUAGUAUCAAGGACAUUCUCGAAGGCCAAAACAAAACGCCAUGA